AUUUAUUAUUAGUAAAGUAGGUAGGUACCUACCUAGGUGGUACCUACUUGAGGCUUCCUUCUGUUCUAUAUUGUUAUUGUGCUAAUGUAAACAAAGAAAAAGAAAAUUUUAUGUGCAUGUGUUAGUAAUCCUAUUUGUUGAAAAAUUUCUUGGAGAUAAUAAAAAGUGUAAUUCACAGAUAUAAUAAAACGAAUCACGUAAAACAAUUAAACAUGGCUGUCACAAAAUACAAAAAAUACAAAUACUACCAAAAAUUAGUAGAUGUCAAACGAAAUAUGUUUGAUUCUGAAAACAGCGUUGGCCUAAAAAAUGUUUGUCCUACUUGCUAUUCCAUAUUUUUAGUAGUUGCACUUUUUACGUGUUCAUUUGCAGCAUUAUAUAUUUACAAAGAAUUAUUCUGCGGUGGCCAAUCUAGCACGUAUAUACCUACGCACGUAUAUACGCCUGAAACUAUUGAGACGUAUCUCGAUCGAGAACAGUAUAGAGAUACUCUAGUUGAGAAGGUCGUAUCUUGUUACUACAACACGCCCAUUCCUGACGCUUUAAAUCAACUGUUGCCUAAUAACAUACACCCGCAUCUCUGCACACACAUCAAUGUGGCAUUUGCUCGGGUGGUAGACAAAGAAAUUGCCCUUGAGGACAUUCAAUAUAAAACAUUGGUGCAAUUACAGCAGCUGAAGAAAAUAAAUCCUAAGCUUAAAAUAUUAUUGUCUGUGGGUGGGGCUGGAAAUGAUAAUGGAUUUUCUGAGAUGGUCAUUGAUCAUGCAUCUAGAAAAGUAUUCAUUAAAUCUAUAAAAAAUAUUUUGAAAAAUUACACACUAGAUGGGAUUGAUUUGGAUUGGGAGUUUCCAGCUUUACAUGGUACACAGCUGGCUUUGGCUAAACGUGAGAGGCAGCAUUUCUCUCAGCUUCUCCAAGAAAUCAGGAGGGAGUAUGUUAGAGAAAAGAGGAACUAUUUACUGACAGUAGCUGUGGCCGCACAACAGACAAUAGUGGAUGUGUCCUAUGAUGUUGACCAACUCAAUUUGUAUACUGAUUUCAUUAACAUAAUGACAUAUGAUUAUCAUUUCUAUUCCAAAUAUACACCAUUUACUGGUUUGAACUCUCCAUUAUUUGUAAGAUCUGAUGAACAGUUGUUCUUAUCUUCUCUCAACAUAAACUUCACUGUUCAUAUGUAUUUAGAUAAAGGCCUUGAAAGAAAUAAGAUUGUAAUAGGCAUACCAACAUAUGGCCACACAUUCACACUGGUCAAUGCAGAUAAUACUAAGGUUGGAAGCCCAGCAUCAGGUUUUGGCUCCCUCGGCUCGAAAGGAUUCAUUAACUAUCCAGAUAUAUGCUCAUUUCUUGCUUCUAAAAGUAAUGUCACUGUUAAACAGGAUCAUGAAGCUAAGGUGCCUUAUCUAUACAAAGAUUUAGAUUGGGUAUCUUAUGACUCUCCACAAAGUGUUAUUGCCAAAGCAAUGUAUAUUAAAGAUUAUGGCUUACGUGGAGCUAUGAUAUACUCCCUUAAUGCAGAUGACUAUAAUGGAAGUUGUGGAGGUGACCAAGGAGAGGGUGUUAAAUUUCCGUUAUUGAAAUCUGUGACAAAUGUGUUAUCAAAUAAUACCAGUCUUGAAAACCAAGAGAAAGGUGAAUACUGAUACCAAUGUGUGGGUAUUCAUUAUUUAUUCAUGUUAAAGUGUAGUGAGUGAUGUUUUAAGUGAAAAUUAUGUAUAAAAUUUACCUGCUUUUUCCUGGCGACAUAAGUGAUUUUGUACAUAGUGCAGGAUUUCAUUUUUUCUCUGUUCUUAUUGUUAUUUUAAUGCUCUUAUUAUUGGAGCAUUAAUUUGAUCAAUCACUAAGACACUAUCGCGGCGCGGUGGGGCGGCGCGCGCGCCGAGCUGGCCGUGGCGGCCCACGCGAGGCUCCGCCGCGGUGCUCAGCCACUUAGAACCGCACGCGCAUUCAUUAUUAUGCUCUUAUUAACGUUUACAGUUGGAAAAACAUUAAGUUAUUUACUGUUUGGUAUAUGAGGCUUUCCACUCCAGUGAGUGAGCGUUGCAUCGCCGAUUAUUUUAAUCAAUGGACUUUCGUAAUGGUUCUAUAUGAAUAUCCUUCACUUACUUUAAUUCAACAUCAGGAAUUCAGCAACUAUCUUGAUGCUGGAAUACUAUACUAUAGCACUCUCAUCUAAAUGUUUGUUCUUCACCAAAGAUCAGCUUUUCUACUUUUUCACAUGGUCUUUGGCAUUCUUACUUGUCAGACCAUGGGUUAGGCAUGCAUAUCAUCCUUGACGACAUAAGACCCGCACUUGGUUUGCCCCAUGUACCAAGUCCAGGCAUCGCUAGAUAUUUAUUUACCCUUUAUUAUCCCGAUUUCUUUCCGGGCUGUGAUGCCCCGAAGCCUGGGGUUCAUUGAAAAAAUAAUAACUCUUCUGAGUUACGUCCGUAAUUAAAACAGCUUUGUUUGUGAUUUCGGUAGGUAAUGUAAUCUUGUGUUAUUUACGUUACAAUAACGCACGACGAUUAUGCUUACCUAGGUGAAGUAGGUACUUUUAUAGACGAAGGCUGUGAAAUGUGUCAUUACAUUACAAUAAUGUACUAAAACUAAGGGUAAGAAUUGUCAGUAUUGUGAUGUUAUUAUAUAGGUAACACUCGACCAGUGUUAGUUAAUAUGAGGAAUAUAAUAAUGUUGCAACAUAAAAUGUUUAAAAUGUUUUAAUAAAAUGUAUGAACUCUU